UGGAUAAAUAAGAAGGGUAUGCCCUCUCUCUCUCCUCUCCCGUCUCUCUGCUCUGAGUUUCUCUCUGUCGUGUUCGCUGAAAUCCCUAAUUAUUCUUCAAUUUCCCGCCAAAAAGAAUGGGGAAGGUCGAAAAUUGAAGCCCUGGAGUGGGUCCAAUCGGCGAAGAGUUGGGUCGCAAGCUAUCUCGCAAUCGCCGUCAAGUUAAGGGAGGGUUUGGAUUUGGGUUUGCUUCGUGCUUCGCUCUGAUUCGGUGGUUUCGGUCGCUUCGACGGAAGAUGGAGAGGUGAUCUUCGAAGAGACUGUAGCUGAUUUUGCAGAUACUGAGCCUGCAAGUCUGAAUUGUGGGAACAGCAUGGUUGUGAAAGCAUACCCAUUAGGCAUGGUACGGGUUAUGAACAAUAACAAUGGGAUAGGUGAAGAAGAAGGGGACUCGGGAGUUGAACCAUACGUGGGUCUAGAAUUCGACUCUGCUGACGAGGCAAGGGAGUUCUACAAUUCUUAUGCUACGCGUACGGGUUUCAAGGUUAGGACAGGUCAGCUGUAUAGGUCAAGGACAGAUGGAACAGUGUCAUCGAGAAGGUUUGUCUGCUCAAAGGAGGGUUUUCAGCUGAAUUCUAGGACUGGAUGUUCUGCCUUCAUCAGGGUACGGAGGUGUGAUACUGGAAAAUGGGUUCUUGACCAAAUCCAGAAGGAGCACAAUCAUGAGCUCGGAGGUCAAGUUGAGGAGACUCCUCGGCUCCCGGUGGUAAGUAAGAGACAUCCAGCUCCUAUAAAGUUAGCGUUAUCAGUUCCACAUAGACCCAAGAUGAAAGUUAUCGAUGAGUCUGAUAAAGCACGGUCAUGCCCAUCUGGUGUAAUUUCUUUCAAACGCUUCAAAGGGGCAGGAGAUGGUGGUGAUGUGCAAACACAGCCCAAUGCCGCUGAACCAUACACAGGCUUGGAGUUCAGUUCGGCUAAUGAAGCAUGCCAGUAUUAUCAGGCGUAUGCUGAAGUUGUGGGUUUUAGGGUUCGGAUUGGUCAAUUGUUCCGUUCAAAAGCCGAUGGAUCAAUCACGUCUAGACGAUUUGUGUGCUCAAAAGAAGGAUUUCAGCAUCCUUCAAGAAUGGGCUGUGGAGCUUUCAUGAGGAUCAAAAGGCAGGACUCUGAAGGUUGGAUAGUGGAUCGUCUCAAUAAAGAUCAUAACCACGAGCUUGAACCAGGAAAGAAGAAUGUGGGUAUGAAAAGGAUAACAGAGGACGUAACAGGAGGAUUAGAUUCUGUGGAUCUUAUUGAAUUAAAUGUCUUCAGCAACCACAUCAAGAAAACCCGAGAAAACAUGAUUGGCAAGGAAUGGUAUUCAGUUCUUCUAGAGUAUUUUCAAACCAGACAGACUGAGGACAUGGGAUUCUUCUAUGCUCUUGAACUAGAUAGCAGUGGCAGCUGUAUGAGCAUUUUCUGGGCAGACAGCCGAGCGAGGUUUGCCUGCAGUCAGUUUGGCGAUGCUGUCGUUUUCGAUACUUCAUACAGGAAAGGAAACUACUCUGUCCCGUUUGCUACAUUUGUCGGGUUUAAUCACCACAGGCAACCCGUGCUUCUUGGGUGUGCCCUUAUUUCUGACAUAUCGAAGGAGACUUUCACCUGGUUAUUUCAGACAUGGCUUCAUGCCAUGUCAAGUCGCCGUCCAAAGUCCAUUGUAGCUGAUCAAGACUUGGCUAUCCAGCAAGCUGUGGCUCAAGUCUUCCCUGGGACCCAUCACCGAUACUCAGUCUGGCAAAUCAAAGCCAAUGAACGAGAAAAUUUGAGGCCUUUCCCUAAUGAAUUCAAGUAUGAGUACGAUAAGUGUAUAUACCAGACGCAGACAACAGUUGAGUUUGACACAAUUUGGAAUGCUCUCGUCAACAAAUAUGGCCUGCGAGACAAUAUGUGGCUCAGAGAAAUGUAUGAAAAGCGUGAUAAUUGGGUUCCAGCUUAUCUAAGGGGCACUUUCUUCGGCGGAAUCCCAGUAAAUGGCAAUGUGGAACCGUUCUUUGGCACUUCUUUGAAUUCUCUAACACCUCUCAGGGAGUUCAUCUCGCGAUACGAGCAAGGGCUUGAGCAACGGCGGGAGGAGGAAAGGAAAGAGGAUUUCAAUUCGUAUAACCUGCAGCCAUUUCUGCAGACAAAAGAACCCGUGGAAGAACAAUGCAGAAGGCUGUACACGCUCACCAUCUUCAGGAUUUUCCAGAACGAGCUUGUCCAAUCAUAUAACUAUCUCGGGUUGAAAACCUAUGAGGAAGGAUCCAUCAGCAGGUUCCUGGUGAAAAAAUGCGGGAACGAGAAUGAGAAGCAUGCAGUGACCUUCAGUGGGUUGAAUAUCAACACGAGUUGCAGUUGUCAGAUGUUCGAAUAUGAGGGACUGCUCUGCAGGCAUAUCUUGAAGGUGUUCAAUCUCUUAGACAUACGAGAACUGCCUUCUCAGUAUAUACUACACCGCUGGACCAAGAAUGCGGAGUUUGGUUUUGUAAGAGACGUGGAAUCGGGUGUGAGUUCUCAGGAUCUCAAGACAUUGAUGGUAUGGAGCCUGAGAGAGGCUGCAACAAAGUACAUAGAGUUCGGCACAUCGUCUCUGGACAAGUACAAGCUUGCGUAUGAAAUCAUGCGCGAGGGAGGGAAGAAACUGUGUUGGCAGAGAUGAACAACUGGCUGGAAUUUAGUAAAAAUUGAGAUGAGGGUUUUUCUUCAGAUUUUAACAGUAGGAUUUGCAUCAGCUCCUGAAGAAGAUGAAGUCUUGGUUUGUGAAUGAAGAUGAUGAGAUCCUAAACCCUUUUGUCAACUUCUGCUGCUGCAAAAAGAAGGCGGCGGCCAUGGAUGCGCUUCUUCCUUGGGUAAUGCAUCCCUUGGCUUAACGAAGAUGACAUGUUUGUUCUCUCUGUCGGAAAGUUCAUGUUCAUGAUUCUAGAAUCAUUAGGAUGUAAUGUAAUAUCAGAGCUUAGAGAAUCUUUAGUUAGAUCAUCAUCAUCAUCAUCAUCGUCAUGUAUCAUUCCUGCAAUCGCACAACACCGUAUCCCCAUCUGGUUCCAGAAGAGUUUUCUUCCUCGUAAACCACACCGUUCUCGUUCAUCACCACGAUACAGUCUGUAUAAUAUUAGUGUGGCCUUGUCUA